AUGUUCCUCAAAUGCAUGCUCCGACAGUUUGGCCGUGGGCAGCGACCACAGCAGGCCUACCACUUCACGAAAAGUCUCUUGGUUCGGUGGCGGUUGGGCGAGCGGGGGGGCCUGUGGUCUGAAGCGGUGCAAGCUACCAAUCCCAAACAACACCGGCAACCAGGCAAGCAACCCAACAUUGAGGGACUGCAGAUGCCACCGCCCUCCCUUAUCCCCGUUGAAGAUGUGGCCAAAGCCAUUCGUUCUUUUCAUGUUGGGGUUGGGCCGGGCCCGGGUGGCUUACGGGCUGACCUCCUUAAAGCUUUAAUGGGACAUGAGGAAGAUGAGGGAAUCUUGCCUUUGUACCGAGACUUCGUUCAACUGUUGGCUGACGGGCUGGCCCCCACUUACUUGCGACCCUGGCUAGGUGGCGGGCAACUUAUCGGGAUAGGCAAAGUGGACCAGCAGGGCGCCCCCAUCCCCCUAGACCAAGAUGCUCGGCCGAUUGUCAUGGGCUUGACUUGGCGGAAAGUGGUGUUCAAGCGCACUUUAGCAAUGGAUAAACCUAGCAUCCGAACACGUCUCAUGCCAUCUCAGUUAGCGCAUGCCCCCGCGUCCGCCCGAUUUGGUGCUUACUGUUACGGGAGGCCUACCAACUUGGUUUACCAGGGAGAGGUUGAAACAUGCAGCCGGGAGCAGCAAGGAUGUCUCCUUAUGGGGCCAUUGUUUUGUUUAACGCGACACCGCAUGACUGAAGAGGCCAGAAGGUUGAGCUCUCGACCGGCGCCCGAAUUCGAGCCUGCCUUUGCCGACGAUGCCUUCUCGGGGGGACACAUCGAUGAUGUCUAUGCAGCGUUCCGGCAGGAAUUGCAACUGGCACAAAAAUAUGGUUUGCAUGUUGACCCAGCCAAAUGUACCCUGUACCUUCUUGCCGGCGACCAGUUUCGGGGGGAUGUUUCCCGCUUUCAGGCUCUUGGGGUGAACGUGGUUUCGGGGACUGACAUCACCAUGUUAAAGGUUCCCAUUGGAGAUAACCCGGAAUUUUUGCACAGUUUCCACAAACAAACAAUUUCCGACUUCGACGCCUUGUGUUCAACCCUGGAAUCAUUGCCCCAUGUCCAUGUUGCUUUUUACCUGUUCAGUCAAGGGGGCACCUUCUCCAAGUUGCAGUGGUGGUGCCGUACAACCCCUAGAGCCCACAUAGCUCCACUUCUCCAAAGGUUCCACGACAGGCAGAAGCUGGCGUGUGAACACAUGGAACCGGCCAUCCAACACUUAGCGGCAUGCCUCCCGGUGUUGGCCCCAAGUUUUUGUGACCCCCAAAGCCAAAUCGACCAUCGGGGUGUCUUAGGGCGAAUCCACCAACAGGUGUACUUAGGGUUGAUGAACCAACAUGACCUCAGUGGUCGGGCUCGCUUGACCGCGUAA